CGCCUGCUUGCUUCCUUCCUUCCUGUAUUCUGGGGGUGAUUGAUGAUGAUGAUGCAUACUUUCAUGUACAAUGUAUUCAUAAUUAGUUGAACUGAGAUGGGGUGGGGGGUUUGGUUGGUGGCGGGUGGAUCUUCUCUAUUAAUGCAUCUACUGAUCUCUAAAAUAAUACUGAGAUGGACUUGUGUCGCUGUCAACUGCGUGCUGAAUGUUGGUAGGACCGGCAACUCUUUGAGCGUACCUACCCCAUCGAACCCUGAGCCGGAUAAAUUGGGUACGAUCUCCCAUCCCAUUUUACUCUACAGCAAAUGGGAAGUACAGUAGUACACAUAGUCUAUUAGAGAAUAAUCCCAAGAAC